CUCCUCAACCUCUUGUUGAAAAUGGAAAAGAUGCUGUUGGGUUGCUGGCUGCUGAUCCUUGGACCAGUCCUUCUCCUCCCUGCUGGGGCCCGGGAGCGGCCACACUUGAGAUCCAUCUCUAGAGGCAGACACACUCGGACCCAUCCCCAAAAGACCCUCUUGGAGAGCUCCUGUGAGAACAAGCGAGCAGACCUGGUCUUCAUCAUUGACAGCUCCCGCAGUGUCAACACCUAUGACUAUGCAAAGGUCAAGGAGUUCAUCCUGGACAUCUUGCAAUUCUUGGACAUUGGGCCUGAUGUCACCCGGGUGGGCCUGCUCCAAUAUGGCAGCACUGUCAAGAAUGAAUUCUCCCUCAAGACCUUCAAGAGGAAGUCUGAAGUGGAACGUGCUGUCAAGAGGAUGCGGCAUCUGUCCACAGGCACCAUGACAGGGCUUGCCAUCCAAUAUGCCCUGAACAUUGCCUUCUCGGAAGCAGAGGGGGCCCGGCCCCUGAGGGAGAAUGUGCCGCGGGUCAUAAUGAUUGUGACAGAUGGGAGGCCGCAGGACUCGGUGGCUGAGGUGGCUGCAAAGGCACGGGACACAGGCAUCCUGAUCUUUGCCAUUGGCGUGGGCCAGGUGGACUUCAACACACUGAAGGCUAUCGGGAGCGAGCCCCACAAAGACCAUGUCUUCCUGGUGGCAAACUUCAGCCAGAUUGAGUCCCUGACCACUGUGUUCCAGAACAAGUUGUGCACGGUCCACAUGUGCAGCGUCUUGGAGCAUAACUGUGCUCACUUCUGCAUCAACACCCCUGGCUCAUAUGUCUGCAGGUGUAAACAAGGAUACAUCCUCAACUCGGAUCAGAUGACUUGCAGAAUCCAGGAUCUGUGUGCGGUGGAGGACCACGCCUGUGAGCAGCUUUGUGUGAAUGUGCCAGGCUCCUUCGUCUGCCAGUGCUACAGUGGCUACACGCUGGCUGACGAUGGGAAGAAGUGUGUGGCUGUGGACUAUUGUGCCUUGGAAAACCAUGGAUGUGAACACAAGUGUGUAAAUGCUGAUAACUCCUAUAUUUGCAAGUGCCGUGAAGGAUUUGCUCUUAACCCAGAUGGAAAAACAUGCAUGAAGAUAGACUACUGUGCUUCAUCUAACCAUGGAUGUCAGCAUGAGUGUGUUAACACAGAUGAUUCCUAUUCCUGCCGUUGCCUGAAAGGGUUUACCCUGAAUCCAGAUAAGAAAACCUGCAGAAGGAUCAACUACUGUGCGCUGAACAAACCAGACUGUCAGCAUGAAUGUGUCAACACAGAGGAGGGAUACUAUUGCCGGUGCCGCCGAGGCUAUACCCUGGACCCCAACGGGAAGACCUGCAGUCGGGUGGACCACUGUGUGCAGAACGACCAUGGCUGUGAGCAGUUGUGCCUCAACACAGAGGAGUCCUUUGUCUGCCAGUGCUCAGAAGGCUUCCUCAUCAACGAGGACCUCAAGACCUGUUCCAGGGUAGAUUACUGCUUGCUGAGCAACCAUGGUUGUGAAUAUUCCUGCAUCAACACAGACACAUCCUUUGCCUGUCAGUGUCCCGAGGGACAUGUGCUCCGCAGUGAUGGGAAAACCUGUGCAAAAUUAGACUCUUGUGCUCUGGGGGACCAUGGCUGUGAACACUCGUGUGUAAGCAGUGAAGACUCUUUUGUGUGCCGUUGCUUUGAAGGGUACACCCUCCGUGAAGACGGGAAAACCUGCAGAAGUAAAGACAUCUGCCAAGCAGUAGACCAUGGCUGUGAACACAUUUGUGUGAACAGUGAUGACUCCUACAUCUGUAAGUGCUUGGAAGGGUUCCGGCUCACCGAGGAUGGGAAACACUGCAGAAGGAAGGAUGUCUGCAAAUCAACCCACCAUGGCUGCGAACACACUUGUGUUAAUAAUGGCAACUCAUACAUCUGCAAAUGCUCACAGGGAUUUGUUCUCGCUGAGGAUGGAAGACGGUGCAAGAGAUGUACUGAAGGCCCAGUUGACCUGGUCUUUGUGAUUGAUGGAUCCAAGAGCCUUGGAGAAGAGAAUUUUGAGAUUGUGAAGCAGUUUGUCACUGGAAUUAUAGAUUCCUUAGCAGUGUCCCCAAAAGCUGCUCGAGUGGGCCUGCUCCAAUAUUCAACACAGGUUCGCACAGAAUUCACCCUGAAAGACUUCAGCUCGACCAGAGACAUGAAAAAAGCCGUGGCCCACAUGAAAUACAUGGGCAAGGGCUCUAUGACAGGGUUGGCCUUGAAACACAUGUUUGAGAGAAGUUUUACCCAAGGAGAAGGGGCCAGACCUCCUUCCGCACGGGUGCCCAGAGUGGUCAUCGUGUUCACCGAUGGACGGGCUCAAGACGACGUCGCCGAGUGGGCCAGUAAAGCCAAGACCAACGGUAUAACUAUGUAUGCUGUUGGGGUAGGAAAAGCCAUUGAGGAAGAACUACAGGAGAUUGCCUCUGAACCCACAGACAAGCAUCUCUUCUACGCUGAAGACUUCAGCACAAUGGGCGAGAUAAGUGAAAAACUAAAGAAAGGCAUAUGCGAAGCUUUGGAAGACUCUGAUGGAAGUCAGGACUCCCCAGCAGGGGAAAUGCCAAAGAGGCUGCACCAGCCAACAGAAUCUGAGCCAGUCACCAUAAAUAUCCAAGACCUACUUUCCUGUUCUAAUUUUGCAGUGCAACACAGAUAUUUGUUUGAAGACAAUCUUUCAUGGUCUACACAAAAACUUUCCCAGUCAACCAAAGUUUCAGGACGCCCUUUGGAAGAAAAACAUGAUCAAUGCAAAUGUGAAAACCUUAUAAUGUUCCAGAACCUUGCAAAUGAAGAAGUAAGAAAAUUAACACAACGCUUGGAAGAAAUGACACAGAGAAUGGAAGCCUUGGAAAAUCGCCUGAGAUACAGAUGAAGAUUAGGAAUGUUGUACAUAUUUGGACAUGUCAUUGUUUCAAGGAUUGCAAUGAAAACAGCUGAGAGCCCCAAAGCCCAGGCUAUAUUAUGUCUGUAACGUCAUGAAGCAAAGCACAAAUCGUACUAAAAAAGCUGGUUUGGUAUAGAACAAAGACAAAAAGACAGUAAUUUGUGUAACUUUAUUUAGAAAAAAGAAAUCUUCCAGAUUUCUAAGAUGAAUUCACCAAGAGAAAGAAUAAGCUAUGCAAGGUAUUUUGUAAUAGACUGUGGACAUGAUUUGCUUCUGCCCCUUCCUGCCUUAGAGUGUUGCAAUCUUAUUUGACUACAAAAUAAAGUUUGCACAGUCUUACUUCUGUAGAACACUGGCCAUAGGAAAAGCUAUUUUUGGUAUCGGACUUUAUCUUGAUAUAUGUAUAUGGAUGUAUGCUAAAAAUUGUAAGACAUAUGUACUUGUGUAACAAGUUGAAAUUUUUUAAUAUUAAAAUUCACCACUUCAAAGAAUGGUAUUGUGUGUAAAAUUCUUAGCAUAACUUUAAAUGCCAGAUACAUACACAUGAGAAAUGGCUUAUAUAGAGAGAGAAAGGUGCUGAACCUCACUGGUAUUCAGGAAUACACCAGUUAAUACAAUACCAGUAU